GGGGCGUGGGAAUCCGGCUUCAUUUCCAGGUGGACCCAAACGUGUCUUUCACACUCCCUCUGUCUCUGUUCUUCCAGUGUAAAUAGUCCCGUUCUGUGUGUCAGGUGCAGAGCGAUUUUCUUCCAUUUGCUCAGCAGAGCCAAGUUUCCCGCUACCAACUUUGUCUUUGGUCUUUUUGUCUGGAAAGAGAUGAUUAGAUUCACAAUAUAGCCCUAAAGAUUAUAAGAUGAUUGUUCAUAUUUAUGAUUUGUUUUCUUGUGCAAGUAGCCAAGUCAGGAAAGAUUUAAAGAUUAGAAUGUCAGUGUUCUCUGAAAAUAGGGAAAAACAGUAGCAAGUUGCUUAGUGCAGGAGUCCUGUUUAUAGUCAGUGUAUUCCAUGCUUUGCUAUCUUGUACUAAUACAAAGAAUGAGAAAUCUGUGACACAUUGGAGUCAUCGUUAGUGGAAGAUCAGUCUCCAAGUACAAGAUUGUGUCAGUUUUUCAAGAUAAUGGCUCCUGGGUUCUUGUGAAAGAGCUAAACCUUUCUGCAAACAGGUCUUGACCUCGAUCACAGUGCAAGGUCAGAUGGUUUAUGAGAAGCAAGAUCAAAAUUGCAGUUGGUGUUGGGUUUAUGUGUCCCCUCCCGAGGGACACCCGUCUGCUGGUGUUGCAAGUGGCUGUGGAACCACAGCUGAGGGGCAGCCUGGGAGACCCGUGACCUAAGGGCUCAGAGUGGCGUGUGGCUCAGAGUGGACGGGGUGGUAGAAAUGUUUUAAAUAAGUAAUAUUGUUAAUUUAAAUUUCUGAACUGACAGAUGAAAGUGGGUUUUUCUCUACUUCUGUGUGGACAGUGACCUCAGUGGCGGGCAGUCGUUGCUGUGCGGGCGUCUCGAGCACGUGGCGUCCAGCAACAAGUGAGUGAACAGGUGUUUUACAGUAUGGUCAGCAUUGGCCCUUAGUAUGGAUUCUCUGUUUCGCUUCUGCAACUUGGAAAGCUGAGUCUACCAUUUCAGAGACCACAGGUGCCGUAUUAAGUAUCUUUUGUUAGAAAUACGAUUUGUUAUCAUUUGAUAAGUUUCCUCAUAUGGAGGCACUUUGGCAACUCAAGAUAAUUAUACCAAAUAAAUUCAUGAGAUGGAAUAGAUAUUGGAUUAAUAGCAUUCAAAAUGACUUUAUAGUUUGAGAUAAGCCCAUUCCAGGUGAUAAAUGAGAAAAAAGAAAUAGGAGAAGAGAUGUACGUGAAAGAAAUAUCUCAAAACUCAGGCACAGUUAUGGCUGCAUGCAGUGUAUGUAGGUAUUUCAGCUCAGUUGGCUUAGCCUACGCAGGCCCGUAGGAUCCAUAGACUCUUAAAUUUCAGUCAAAUAAAAUUACAAGGUCGGCUUUCAACGAGGGGACGUGGGUAAGUCAGUUGUUGAUGUUUUGACGUCGGUUCCCUGCAGCGUCCUUGCGGGCCCGCCGUCUGUCUCCAGACCACGACCUGGGUGGGUCUGUAGGUUGUUGUCUUGAAGGCGCCAUAGAGAAAGAAGCUUAGAUUCAGCAGACGUGGGGCGUCAGGUCAUGGACAGGUCUGGAGAAGCCUCCCCAGCUGCAGAUGUGGGAAAUAGAGGGAGAUGAGCGAGGCCCCUCCUGCACCCCCGUGGUUUUCCACACUGAGUCACCACACUUUAACAAAAACGGCACGAAUGUGCGGGAAUCUACCAAAAUAAUCAAGGUCACUCCUCCUCUUGUCGUGCCGUGAAAAGCUCGUGCGUGGGCUUUUAGCUCAGACCAAGUCGAGUCCAGAUGCUGGCUCUGCUGCUUGUAGCUGUGUGACCCUGGGCAAGUUAACCAGCUUUUCUGAGCCUCAUCUGUAACCUGGGAUAAGUAAUACUGAUUUUGCCAUACGCCUGUGAGAAAUAAAUGAAUUAAAUAAAAUUAACACAGUACAAUAUUUGGCACAUAACAAUCAUUCAGUCAACGUUUAUUCCCUUUUUGUUUUCCCAGCAACAGUUUGGCCAAGUUUUGACUUGCACCUGUUAAAAGCAUACUUGGAAGUUCGGGGAAAAGAAAAAAUAAAGAUUCCAAAUAAAGACAAAAAACACAUUCUUUUAAGAGGGGGAAAGUGUUCGCCUCUGUGAGUUUAUGUGAGGCUGACACUUUGCAGUUGACUUGGCAGUGGUGAGCUGAUCCGUGGUUCAGGAUUCGUUUUUUCCUUAUCAGAUAAUUAUUUUUGGCAAGUGUAUGUAAUGUAAGUAAACACGGUGCAUUUAGUUUAAAUACAUGGAAGAUGGUCCUUAAUUCUCCCUUGUCAUCAUUUGAUCGUUUCGUUUUCCAGAACAGGCUAGCAGCAGAGUGCCUCUACUCGUCAGCGGUAUUCCCUGGUGGGUUAGAGACCUGCAUCGCUGCUCACUGUGGUUUCUGGGAACUGGACGAGGUUGAUGUCCACGGGAUAAAAAUGAAGUUAGGGGAGGGCAUCAUUCCCGAUCCUCUAGUUUUGCUUUUAUGUUGCUGUUGUUCUGAAAUACGUGAUAUGGGGUGGGUGCAGUGAACGCAGUGACUUAAGGAGGAGGUAAUGAUUCUGUGUCUCCCUGAGUAACAUCUGUUGGACCAGGAGCUGAGACUGUCAAUCACCAAACGUCUGCACCUUUUAGAAUAUUGGAAGCACGAGACCCCGCAGCUCCCUGGCACAACCUCUUUGGGGUGUCCUUUUGCCCCCUGGAGGUGAUCCACGGUUAGCACGAGGCUGGCUGUACGGGAACAGCUUGGAGAAGCACUCUGUCCAUGUCCCAACAUCGCUCCUGUCCUCCUGGUUCCUGCGUCCUGACGCCAGUCUUUGUCACCGGCUGAGUAAGAUCUCUCAGGUAGGGAAGCUGCAGAGGAAACGAUCAGCUGCGCAGGACUUGGCGGGACCAUGGCCAGCUGUUGACAGUGGGCACUGAUCAGUUCAGGUGACUUGGACUAUUACUGGUUGGAUCCUGCCACGUGGCACAGCCGGGAAACCUCGCCCAUUAGUUCGCAUCCUGUAACGUGGCAGCCAUCCAAAGAGGGAGAUCGAUUGAUUGGGCGUGUCAUUCUCAACAAGAGGACAACCAUGCCCAAGGAGUCGGGAGCCCUGCUGGGUCUGAAAGUUGUUGGAGGCAAAAUGACUGACUUAGGACGCCUUGGUGCCUUCAUCACCAAAGUAAAGAAGGGUAGCCUUGCAGAUGUAGUUGGACACUUAAGAGCAGGGGAUGAAGUUCUAGAAUGGAAUGGUAAACCCCUGCCGGGAGCUACAAAUGAAGAAGUUUACAACAUUAUUUUAGAAUCAAAAUCAGAACCUCAAGUUGAAAUUAUUGUUUCAAGGCCUAUUGGUGACAUUCCACGGAUUCCUGAGAGCUCCCAUCCUCCACUGGAGUCCAGUUCAAGUUCCUUUGAAUCUCAGAAGAUGGAAAGGCCUUCCAUUUCUGUUAUUUCUCCCACGAGUCCUGGAGCCCUAAAAGAUGCCCCACAAGUCUUGCCAGGGCAACUUUCUGUGAAGCUGUGGUAUGACAAAGUGGGACACCAGCUGAUUGUAAAUGUUCUACAAGCAACAGAUCUACCCCCUAGAGUAGACGGGCGUACCAGGAACCCCUAUGUCAAAAUGUAUUUUCUUCCAGAUAGAAGUGAUAAAAGUAAAAGGAGGACCAAAACUGUAAAGAAAGUGCUGGAACCAAAAUGGAAUCAGACGUUUGUCUAUUCCCACGUGCAUCGCAGAGACUUUAGAGAGCGGAUGUUGGAGAUCACCGUGUGGGAUCAGCCGCGAGUGCAAGAAGAAGAGAGUGAAUUUCUUGGUGAGAUCCUCAUAGAGCUGGAGACGGCCCUUCUAGACGAUGAACCACAUUGGUACAAACUGCAGACACACGAUGAGUCUUCGCUACCUCUGCCGCAGCCCUCACCUUUCCUGCCAAGGCGGCACAUCCACGGGGAGAGCGCCAGCAAAAGACUGCAAAGGUCUCAGCGCGUCACUGAUAGCGACAUCUCAGAUUAUGAGGUUGAUGAUGGUAUUGGCGUGGUUCCCCCAGUGGGUUACAGGUCUAGUGCUAGAGAAAGCAAACCUGCGACGUUAACUGUGCCGGAACAGCAGAGGACCUCGCAUCACCGCUCGCGCUCCGUGUCUCCUCAUCGCGGUGGUGACCAAGGCCGGCCGCGCUCCCGUUUACCAAAUGUGCCAUUACAGAGGAGUUUAGAUGAAAUUCAUCCAACCAGAAGGUCACGUUCUCCAACCAGACACCAUGAUGCCUCCCGAAGCCCAGUUGAUCACAGAUCCAGAGAUGUGGAUAGUCAGUAUUUAUCAGAACAAGACAGUGAGCUUCUCAUGCUGCCCAGGGCAAAACGAGGACGCAGUGCGGAGUGCCUCCACACGACCAGUGAGCUGCGGCCCUCCCUUGACAGGGCCAGGAGUGCUAGUACCACCUGCUUGAGACCAGACGCUAGUUUGCAUUCACCAGAACGAGAAAGGGGUAGAUGGUCCCCCUCCCUAGAUAGGAGACUGCCUCCUAGCCCCAGGAUUCAAAUCCAGCACGCGUCUCCGGAGAAUGACAGGCACUCCAGAAAGUCUGAAAGAUCUAGCAUCCAAAAACAGACUAGGAAAGGCACCACCUCUGAUGCAGAAAGGGUUCUUCCACCAUGUCUUUCUAGAAGGGGAUACGCAGCCCCGAGAGCGACUGAUCAUCCAGUCCUUAGGGGAAAACAUCCCACUCGCUCCAGGUCGAGUGAGCACUCUAGUGUCAGAGCACUGUGUUCUAGCCACCAGCUUGCCCCCGGAGGCUCAGCACCACCUUCUCCGCUUCUGACAAGAAUGCACCGGCAAGGAAGCCCAAGCCAGUCGCCUCCCGCGGACGCAGGCUUCAGCAGCCGCAGGGGCCGGCAGCUCCCACAGGUGCCCGUGAGGAGUGGCAGUGUAGAACAAGAACAAGAAAAAUAUAACUCUUCCACAAAAGUGAGCUUAGUAGUGGAGGAGCGAACGAGACACAUGAAACUGAAAGUGCACCGGGUUAAGCAGACGGCAGGGUCUGGGUCUAGUCAAGAACUCGAUCGCGAGCAGUAUUCCCAGUAUAACAUACAUAAAGAUCAAUACAGAAGCUGUGAUAACGUCUCUGCCAGAUCAUCAGAUAGUGAUGUCAGUGAUGUGUCCGCCAUUUCCAGAACCAGCAGUGCCUCCCGCCUCAGCAGCACAAGCUUUAUGUCAGAGCAGUCUGAGCGCCCCGGGGGUAGAAUCAGUUCAUUUACCCCUAAAAUGCAAGGCAGACGGAUGGGGACUUCAGGAAGAGCCAUCACGAAGAGCACCAGUGUGAGUGGAGAGAUGUACACACUGGAGCAUAAUGACGGCAGCCAGUCGGACACGGCUGUGGGUACCGUUGGAGCAGGUGGAAAGAAGAGGAGAUCCAGCCUGAGUGCCAAGGUGGUUGCCAUAGUGUCUCGAAGGAGCAGAAGCACAUCCCAGCUAAGCCAGACAGAGUCAGGCCACAAGAAGUUGAAGAGUACCAUCCAGAGAAGCACAGAGACAGGGAUGGCGGCUGAGAUGAGGAAGAUGGUGAGGCAGCCCAGCCGUGAGUCCACCGACGGCAGCAUCAACAGUUACAGCUCCGAGGGAAACUUGAUAUUUCCUGGAGUACGGCUAGGAGCGGACAGUCAGUUCAGUGAUUUUCUUGACGGACUCGGACCUGCCCAGCUUGUUGGCCGGCAAACACUUGCCACCCCAGCAAUGGGCGACAUACAGAUCGGGAUGGAGGACAAGAAGGGCCACUUAGAAGUGGAAGUGAUCAGGGCGCGUAGCCUCACGCAGAAGCCGGGCUCCAGGUCCACGCCUGCUCCAUACGUCAAAGUAUAUCUUUUGGAAAAUGGGGCCUGUAUAGCCAAGAAGAAGACGAGAAUUGCACGAAAAACCCUCGAUCCUUUGUAUCAACAGUCCCUGAUUUUUGACGAAAGUCCACAGGGCAAAGUUCUUCAGGUGAUCGUCUGGGGGGACUAUGGCAGGAUGGACCACAAAUGCUUUAUGGGUGUGGCUCAGAUCUUGUUGGAAGAGCUCGACCUGUCCAGUAUGGUGAUCGGCUGGUACAAGUUGUUCCCGCCGUCGUCACUGGUGGAUCCCACACUCACACCCCUCACGCGCCGGGCUUCCCAGUCGUCUCUGGAAAGUUCAACUGGGCCUCCCUGCAUUCGAUCGUAGUGAACUCAUACCAGAGUCAUUCCAAUAAAACUCUGCCUUUCAGGAUAAUAAUCUGAACCAGAUAUUUCAUGAUCAAAAGCAUUGUUGGAGACAGACAAUCAACUCGUGUUUUGCCUGUAGUAGUUUUUCAAUAAUAUGUCCCAAUUGUUGUUUAAAACCUGGCUUCAUAGGACAGAACAAGGCAAUCUACCACAUUACAGUAAGAGUCAGCAUGCUGGUGAGAGUCACUGAUGCUUCUAUAGAUAGAAAAGGAGGAAACUUCAAAUUCACACACACACACCCCAAACUAAAGAGGCUGGAAACUCUCACUCUGUGAACAGUUGUGUCUGUCGCAUUUCUGCACAGACCACAAGCAGUGUUAUUUCCCUAGUGUUUGAGAGGUUCUGUUUCUCUGUGUGUUUGUUGGGUUUUGGUUUCUUGAUUUGUUUCGUUUUUCACCGUACUUGUCAUUUCCUUGUUUUUGGCUGUCAUGACAGGCCUCAUGAUGCUUACAGAGACCCUUCCUUUCUUUUUCCAAAAUCACCAAAAAAGGGCUGAAGCGGUCUCUGUGGCGUCCGGGUGAGAGGAGGCCAAUGAGGGCUCCAGCACUUUUCCUUUAUGGUUCUUCAGUCUCGCGUGGGGAAACCCAGGAAACAAAGGCUAUCUUCCAAAACAACCACAAAAUCACUUUUUUUAAUGAAGAGCAUAUCUGUUUGCAUUCUAACAAAUUAGUUCAUGUUUUCCAUUGCUUUGCAUGGAAGACGUAAAGAGGUCGGUGAGCAGCUAAACCGAGAACUAAAACUAACCCCAUCAUGGUCCUUCGGAGACACUCCUUAUAAUGCCUUUUUCUUCCUGAUAUCCAAAAAAAAAAAUGUGCUCAUGUGUAUUAUCCAUACUUUUGACUUCCCAAAAUGGUGACUAGAAAUGGAUUUGAGCCUAAGACACUUUGAGCUACGCCCAGGCUCCUCGCCAUGUCUCUGUGCAGACACACCAUCUACCCUGGAAAGAGCACAGUAUGAGCUGUCCAAUAUUCCACUGGAAAUUCCAGUUGAAAUAUUCUGCACUAAACUAAUGUUUUUAUCAAGUUUCAUUUUACAUUUCUUUGAGAUUGAUGCAAGCACAAAGCUUGAUUUUUUAACGCAAAGUAUCUUACUUUUUUGGGGGAAAAAUAAAACAAAGUCAAAUUUCAAUUUGCAUUUUCUUCAUUGGAGUCUUUCUCGGUCUUGAAUUUCCUUGUGACAUUCUGUAUGUGUGCUAUGAACUGCAGACUCUGCAGGCGCAUUGAUGUGUCCUCCCUCCGAUGAGUCGUUCAAAUUUUGUGCUUACACGGUAGAGCAGCAUGGCUUGGAACUGUUCAAAGCUGCAUGCACAUUUUGUAAAAAAAAAAAAAAUGAAAAAGAAAAGAAAGGUUAUUUAAUAAUGUACGUUAGUUCCACAUAGGCCCGCUCGUGUGUUGCAUGUACUUUACAAUUUGCUCGUUAAUUACUAUACUGAAAUAACCAAGAAAUCUAAGCCAUCCGUUUUUGUUAUAGACAUUUUGCAGGUUUUAGCCUGACUCAUUCUGAGUCUGGGGUGAAAUGUCUAUAGAUGGACUUUAUUUUUUACCCUCUGGAAAACGUGAUGUAGUAAGGACCAAAUUCCUUCUAAUAAAUACUUCGGUGUAGAUUCCUACUGUGGGGCUGUGACACGUGUAGACACUGUGUGCACACUAGGUUUUAAUCCAUAGACAUACUGCCUGCACCAAGUGAGUUAUUGAUUAUUAUUUACACAUGCCAGAAUUACCUGCCCAUCGUUCCACAGGCCCAGACUGACCACUACUCACCAUGCUGAGCAGGAGGAACCGAAGCCUUGGUGCACUUCUACUAGAUUCCGUUCUGUCUUAGUGGCCAACAACCAACUGAUUAUAAUUGGGUAGUAUCUUUCUAUUUUGACCACUUGUCUUAACACUCCCCUGUGCUUUUAAAUGAACUUCCAACUCAUGUAUGUAAACAUGUUUAAUAAAACUUACUUUUCAUGUCA